GAGCUUAUGGUUUAAGUUUAGUGUUCGUUUCGAGCUAAUUAUUGGAAUAAUUCUGUUUCAAAUGAUGAACAAAAAUUCAAAAAUCAGCUAUCCUCAAACACCGGCUCCCUUGAGAAAUGGCAGUUUUCUCAUGUCGGCAGCUGGUAUUCUUGAAACACCGACACUGAUGAACAAACCGACUUCUUCGGUCAGUGAAAAAUCUUCUCCAUAUAGCGCAAAUUUCAACAACUGUCAACUACCAUCUGCUGCUUCCACGACGGCAAUGCAGUUUUUAAUGUUUAACCAAAUGCAGGCUUCGUGCAGUGGAACACCCUUCCGGCAAAAUAUACAUGGCAGAACUAAUUUGGGUAACACCGCUACUGGACUUAAUUUUUCCAUUCCGAGCAAUACGCAUAGUACGACAACAACGGUAUCAACGAAUAUUGUUGAAAAUUUUCAAUUGUCUAACAACCAAAACAGUUAUAAACGCAAGCAAGAAGAUUCACUACAACGGAAACCACUAAAAAGAGUAGCAUUUGAACCUCUUCCGCUGAAAUCGAAUACAAACCGCAAUCCGCAGCGGGUCCUUUCAGCAAUCUGUCCGGCAAAGCAACCUAACAAACCUACAGAUGGCUCCGGAAAACCAGAUCCGAAAAAAUUUCGGAUCAUUACCGGUUCGCUGGAAUAUAUAACCAAGCUGACCAAGUCCGACACCGAAGGUUCUCCGCUGGUAGAAGUUUUCGCGAACAUACUGAGCAUCAAGAGCGGCACGUACGAGUGCGAAAAAAUUUUAUUACUGCGUAACAAAUCGGGUCCAGUGAUGCUGGGAGUAUUUUACGAAAUAGAUUUUCGUAUGAUCGCAGUUGGUGUCGGCGAUUUAGUGCGUUGUGUCGGUCGGCUCACUGGCGGUAGUCGGUUGCAGAUUUUGAAAAUUACUCCGGCUAACGCGGAAGACGAACGAAUGGCCCAGCGUUUGCAGACGGUGUGUGGGUUCACAGCGACAAUCAAGCGUUGAAGUAUUUACCGAGUGGGGCUGUUUUUGUUUUGCGUUGUUUUUGAAUUGUAAAAAUUUGAACUUAAAAAGAUACAAAUUUUAUAUCUUGAAUUUACCGAAUCGUGUAUUAGAGUUGAAUCAAAAUAGUUGCAAAUUACAUUAACUAUUUAGCAGUUUGCUAUGAUGCCUUCAGCAGGACUGAUCCUUGUAACAUCCUGAAUUUAAUUUGGAACCUUGAAUCGACAGCCUCAUUGUAAUCGAAAAGGUGAUGUAUGAGUAAUAUUUCAAAAAUUUCUUCCAUUUUCACUGUGGAACAAAUGAUAAUUAAACCUUUACGAAGGUAGGUGAGAUGAAUGCUCGCUAUCGAUUGGCAAGAUUUUGAAUUUUAACUUUACAGUACUUGGACAUUGAUGAAAGCCAUAAGUAGUAACCGAAAUACGUUUAUGUGUAUGUUCAUUAUGGGUGGUAUUGUGGA